AUGCGAAAUUUUGUUGAGAAUAUGGCCUUGUGGGCCGACAUAACGGACCCCCAACGACAUUUUGAAGUCGAGGUUCCGAUGAGGGCUGUCGAUGAGCCCGUACUGCGUUUUGCUAUCUUUGCGUUCUCGUCGCGACAUAUCGAUAGACAAGAAAACAGUGAGACAGCAGAGGCAUUGCAAUACCACAAUCAUUGCCUUCAACUUUUGAUUCCAGUCCUUUCUGGUGUCAGGGAUGAUAUCACCGAGGUCAUCCUAGCUGCUGUUGCAAUACUCCGCCAACAUGAAGAAAUGGACUGCGAAGAUAAUCAGUUCCAUUUGACGGGAACAACUCGUAUAUUAAACACAGUAUCAUCCUUUGGAUCGUCAGGGGGCUUAGGAGAAGCAGCAGCCUGGCUGUGUCUUCGACAAGACAUCUAUAUAUCACUUACUUCACAAAAGCCACUCCGAACCGAUUUGCAGAGCUUUGACAGCUCCGACGUGUUUCAGAGAAACGACGAUUUUGCAUGGGCGAGUAGAAUGGUCUUCCUACUUGCCAAGGUACUUAAAUGCGCUUUCAGCCAUGAGUCAUCUACGGCGCAACGGAACGUGCUGCGGGGGAUCGAAGGCGAAGUCGAGAAUUGGAACAUCACUAAACCACGGACAUUUAAUCCGAUUCGAUUCGUACCACGCAGUCAAGAGAGGCAGAUGCGAUUUCCCAGUAUCUGGAUGCUGUUGUCUGUUCACGUCGUUGGCCUCCAGUAUUACCACCUCGCAAAGAUCGUACUUGCAUUCUCUAGUCGCCCAAGUUCUUUGCCCGCGUAUGAAAACUUUCGGCAUUCGCGGAAUAUUGAGAAAACCGUGCGAAAUCAUUUACUUACUGUCCUUGGUCUGGCAAAAUCCAAUACCAAGGCCGAGAACACACUCUUUACUGCGCGGCAUAGUCUAGUGGCUUGGGGUUGGGUUCUUCGUCAUAAAUUAGACCAAGAAGCUGCAGAGGAUCUUUUGAAGGACAUGGAAACGACAACCGGUUGGAACAUGAAACAAUUGAUCCAGUCAUUGAGGGAUCAAUGGCAAGAAGAGAAUUCUGAUGAUUGA